GAGGGCGCCUCCGGGGGCGUCCGAGUCCCGGAAUUCAUUGACCCGGGGUUGAAGCCCCGAGUCCCUGCGAUCUGUUUCCUCUAGGUCCUGGGGGCUCCUGACUCCAGGAGACAUUUGUCAACCUUGGGGAACCUUAUGAGGGACCCAGGGGUAGAGGCUCUAUGUGGAAGGAUCUUGAGGGAUCUUGGCUCCAGGGGCCCCCGAGAGCCAGUCGUCGCUGAGCGACCCCCGCCACACGCACACACACCUUGAGGCUUCCCGAGCCCGGGAGAUCCCUUGUUUGCCAGCGGGCGUGUAGUUAUAAGACAUCUUUGUGUUGGAGAGGCGUGAUUGAUUGCGAUGUGUAGGAGCGGGAGGGGUUUGCAGGUCUUCCGACUCCAUCUACUUCAUUUUGCUUCUUUCCAGGGCUGGGGAUUGAAUCCAAGGCCUUUGCCCUGAGCUCCAUCCCCAGCCACCAGCCCCGCCUGCCUUUUUAUUCUGAGUCGGAAUCACGCUAAAUCGCUGAGUUGCCCAGAUUGGCCUCGAACUUGGGAUCCACCUGCCUCAUCCUUCCAGAGUGCUGGGAUAACCGCGACCCAGCUCUCUAAGAUGCCUUGAGAGAGGCCCGGCACAGGAAGCCAGGCUUCCCGGGCGCUGUCUGCCCUGGAGGCAAGUGGAUGCUUGACUGGUAGAACAAGGAGUCCGGUCCCAGCGUUCCCAGUGCCCCGCCAGUUCACACGCUCCUACCUGCUGUGGUCUCUGAUUAUCCUUCCUAGGUGUGACCCUCUGCUGGCCACCCGUGCCGAGGCAGCCACGCUCGUUAAACUCGGGCAGCCCUCAUAUGCUGCUGGAAACAGGAUAGGCUGUGGUUCGCCACCUUUGAGAAGCAUCUGCCAGGUUCUCAGCUGGUCUGGAGGCCAGAGAGGGGUCCUUUCUCAAAGUGCAGCUGUGUUCGUUCAUCUCACUUCACCCAGGCAGCAAAACAUUUGUGGUUUCCAGUUGUACUCUGGAUCCCUAACUCCCCAUCCCCUUCCUAAACAAGCCUGACUCAGUUUUCUAGCCUAUACAACAGGGACAGCUCUGCUUCCUACCCUGCAAGCUGUCCAGGUUGAGCUGCGGAGGACCCGCACUGUGCACCGGCGGGCAGCAUGGUGACCGAGCGGGAGGUGGAGGCCAUCGGGCAGACCCUGGUGGACCCCUCGCAGCCCCUGCAGGCCCGAUUCCGGGCCCUCUUCACGCUGCGUGGGUUUGGCGGCCCCGAUGCCAUCGCCUGGAUCAGCCAGGCCUUCCGGGACGAGUCGGCCCUGCUGAAGCACGAGCUGGCCUACUGCCUGGGCCAGAUGCAGGACGCCCGCGCCAUCCCCGUGCUGCGGGACGUGCUGCGGGACAAGGGCCAGGAGCCCAUGGUGCGCCACGAGGCGGGGGAGGCCCUGGGCGCCAUCGGGAACCCGGAGGUUCUGGAUCUCCUGAAGCAGUACUCUGCCGACCCUGUGCUUGAGGUAGCAGAGACGUGCCAGCUGGCGGUGCGGCGGCUGGAGUGGCUACAGCAGCACCCCGGGCAGCUGGGGGCCACUGGUCCCUACCUGUCGGUGGACCCC